GGUGGCUGGAGGGGGAGCCCAAAGCUGCUCUUGAAUCUUGGUCUCUGCAGAAGUUUGUGUGGUUUAACAUCAGCAGUGUUGACACCUUUGAGCGGAACUUGGAGACUGCUCGCUGGGAACUGGGCAUUGAACUCCCCCAACCAGACGGCAGUGGCCUGUGCCACCGAGAGCGACGGGUGAAUGUCGGGCUCCAGUCUGGAGUCUGUGGUUCUGAAUACAGAACAGUUCAGUGUUUAAUCAGCUUUGGAGGGGCGCCUGGAUGGUUCAGUCAGUUAAGUGCUCGACUCGGGUUUCGGCUCAGGUCAUGAUCUGGCGGUUUGUGGGUUUGAGCCCCUUGUUGGGCUGUGUGCUGACAGUGUGGAGCCUGCUUGGGAUCCUCUGUCUCUCUCCUUCUCUGCCCCUCCCCAGCUCACUCUCUCUGUCUCUCUCAAAAUAAAUAAAUAAAAACUUAAAAAAAUUUUUUUUUUACCAGUUUUGGAGUGUGCUUCCUUUGAGCAUAUUGUAGGCAUCUGCUAGUUUACUAUAUAUAGUAAAAUGAAGAAAUAAAUUCUGUUUUCAUGGAGGAAAGAAUCGAUUGGUGAAAUAUUUAGGCAGGCAGCCCUUAAGAAAUAGUAUAACAGGGCUCAACUGUGAGGGGGCUGUGCUGGGUGUGCUGGGGUCCGUCCUCCUCACCCCCAAUUUCAGGUGUCUGGGCAGACAGACGUGUGUGGGGUGAGAGGCUCAGGAUUGGGGAAGGCUGGAUGCUGUGUCCAGGCUCUGACAUGUUUUUAAAAGAUACUGCUCCCUUGUGUAGCAUCAGUCUGCCCUUCACAGCCUUUCUCCCGAGGGAACUGAUGAGUGGUUUUCUUGGAUCUUCUAGGUUUCCCUUGUGAAUCUGGUGUCCGCCCUUCUCCUAGUGGGCAUCUUCCUCUGUGCUGUGAGGAGGGGGCCCGAUGGGGGCCGGGCAUGGCAGGCGAGGACGGGGGCCACCUCUUCAGUGCUGGGGAGACACUGCCAGGGUCUUAAAGUACAGUGUCAACGUGUGGUUUGCAGAUGUAGCUGGUUGUGAAGAGGCCAGGUUGGAGAUGAUGGAGUUUGUGAAUUUCCUGAAGAAUCCCAAGCAAUGUCAGGACUUAGGAGCCCAAAUUCCAAAGGGAGCCAUGCCCACUGGUCUCCUGGCACUGGAGCUGCUUCUUGCCACAGCCACUGCGGGGAAGGCCAGUGUGCCUUUCAUCACCGUGAAUGGGUCAGAGUUCCUGGAAACAUUUGUCGGCAUUGGGCCAGCAAGGGUUCGUGACAUGUUUGCAGCGGCCCAAAGAAACGCUCCUUGUGUCUUGUUCAUUGAUGAUAUUGAUGCGUUUGGCGGGAGAGGCCGAGGGCAUUUCGGAAGCCAGAGUGACCGGGAGAGCACGCUGAACCAGAUGCUUGUGGAGGGAUGGAUGUUCAGACUUCUCCUCAAAGUGAUUCCAGCUCAGUGUGUCUGGCGGCUUGUCAGGCGUGCUGCUAUCUCACUGGAAAUGUCUACAUGGUGGACCCCUGCAGGGUGGGAUCCAGCCAGGUUCACCCCCAGCUCCUUCCAGAUUGUGCAGUUUGGGAUGAGCGAAAAGCCGGACCACGUGUCCUUCGACUUUCCCCGACAAGGCGAGAUGCUGGUGGAGAAGCCGGCUCGUGAGGCCGCCGCCCAGCUCACCGAGGAGGAGGUGCGGUCCGUGGGCUCCACCUGUGAGCAGGCCCCGGCCCCGCCGCCCGGCUGCCGAGAGCAGGUGGAAGAGGCGGGCAAGCGGCUGCUGGAGAAGGGCAGACAUGGUGAGUUGCUGGGGCGCCGGCCCUUUGUGGAGAAGCCCGCCUACAAGGAGUUUGUGAAAGGCACCAGCGGCCUGGAGGAGGACACCUCCCUUCCUGAGGGGCUGACGGCCCGGAACCAGGGGCGGGAGGAGGGGCUGCAAAGCGCUGCGUGCGAGAGAGCCCAGCUUAGCAACCCUGGCUUUGAAAGCUGCUGCCAGAAUCACGGGGAAACACGUUAAAACCUGAUAAGGGCAAAGGAGCAUUUUGGAUACCUAGAGGAUGGGGUCCCGAGUCAGAGGGGCGGGCCGUGAGCCGUAACUCCCCUGCCCCACAGGAAGCAGAAGGCACGCCUCUUCCUGGUGGAGCCUUGAGUUUAGACCUUCGUGGGCCUCCCAUGAGGGGAGGGGGGUGAUGGGUGGAUUUGGUGGGGACAGGUGUGAGUACUCGUGUCCUUAAUCACCCCAAGGAGCAGAGGCUUUUGGCUCAGUUCAGAAAUUGCACGGUUUAGUGAAGUGGCAGAAUUAAGGGAAAAAGCAGCCAGUUACCAAGGGAAAGUGUUGGGUUUGGGUUGGUGGAAGGCCUGUCAGUGCGUGGUUGGGGGGAGGGUCGUGGAGACAUGGGGGGCCCUGAAGCCCACCCCGCCCCCAGCACCUGGGUGCUGCUCUGAGCUCUCGGGAGGCAGUCUCUCCACUGAGGCCAGCACCCAUUCUCAGGGCAGACAGCUUUACUGACCAGGGUGUGUCUGGAUUUAAGUCCCUUCUCCAGCUGGCUGUGUUCCCUGUGACCCCCUUUUGUUAGAAUCACAGAGAGGGAGGGCCUGGACCGAGCUGGGGACCUGUGGGUUGUGUGCAGGGUCCUGCUGUUGCUGCCCCCCCCCCCGGUAACCCUCUUCCUGGUGUUUGGGCGGCUGCCAGACGAGAGGAAGGCCAAUUCUGGCUUGUGAGCUCUAGGCCUCUGUUGCCUUAUUUUGUCUGGUUGGUCUGAGAGCGCAGCAAGGGCCCAGCCCGGGGAGCUGGGGUCAGGACUGGAAGCCUGGGGUCAGUGGCAGCAUCCCUGCUUGCCUCCCAGAGUCCUCGGCACCACGACAGUAAAGGGGUGUCAGCCGCUGCCUCUCAGGGGGCGGGUGGAUGUCUGGGACCCCGGUGACACCUGCUUGCCUCCCAGCUGUUGCUCAUGGCACCCUGGGUGUGGGGGUGGGACGUCUCCACUUGCCACACGUGACCUCUGUUCUCUGCUUGGUCAAGACCAGACGCUGGGAUUUGGUUUAAAAAUUUCUGAAUCAUUUGUUGUGUUUGCUUCAAAAAUAGAAUUUCCAAGUUGGGACAAGCACUUUCCGUUUUUGUUGUGUGUAAGACAUGCCAUCUUUGGAUUUUUUUACUUCUCCAGAGCUCACCGUGUCAUGAAGUCUCCACUAAACUCAACCUUCAUUAGCUGAGCUAAUGGGACCCUCUGACAGAGGUGGGAGGUGCUCUCCUCAACCCCGUGAAAGCCCCAUGAUGUCCAGGACCUGGGCAUUGGUCCAUUUUGGGGCUUGGUGCAGCCUCCCUCAGGCUCACACCCCCAGCACACGUAGGUGAAUCCCAACCCCUGCUGUUUUUUUUGUCUUGGAUACCCUUGCUCUCGCUCCCUCUGGAGUCUCCUAAGCCCUUUCCUUCACCCCUUCACCCUUUCACCCUGUUUGGGCCACCUGGCCACACACUACACAGGCUUUGAGUCAGUUCCUGGGCCCAGGGAUGUGGGAGACCUGGCCUAGAACCUUCCAUCAGGGAGGCUCGGGCUUCCCUCCAGAGAGGCCAGCAGGAGGAACUGCCUGGCAAGGAGCCCUGGCCCUGUUUUCUGGGCCCCUUGUUACAUGGGUAAUCAAAAGAAUUGGGGUUUGGGCCUCACCCUUGGCCUUUUCCUCACAGUCCCAACCUGCUGGCUGCCUCCUCGUGACCAGUCACUGCUCUGGGAAUCUGCCUGGGCUCAGAAGACUUGGCGGGGAGCUACCUUGGGCCUCUUCUGGCCUGGGCGUGGGCGUGGGCGUGUGCGUGUGCGUGUGCAUGCGUAGGAGGGGAUCUUCACUUCCUAAGGACUAGAAAUCCAGGGCACUUGUCCCUGACACGUGACCCAUAUAAGCAGCCCAGAGUACAGCACCGAGGAAC